CAAAACCUCAGUAACAUUAGAUCUGUUAGACGUUAGUUUAAACCACAAAUUGGAAACAUGAAGAGGACCGAAAAUAAAAUCAAACGAAAAUUCUGCAAUUCGGAUCAGCAGGGAAGCGGGACCGAAGAAAAAGAAGCGAAGGAGUUUGCGGCGCCCCCUCCCCUGCUCUUCCGGAAGCUGAGUAACCCGGACCUGUCCCCCUCGGCCGGGAAGACCAAACUGCAGCGGCAGCUGAGCCAGGAUGACACACGCGCCCGCCGCAGCAGCAUGGCCUGCGGACUGACCGGGAAGCAGCUCCUGCCCCUGUCCAGCAGCAUGCACGGCGGGGUCAGCCAGCUGGCCUGGCAGCAGCCCGGGGAGCCCAACAACAUGGUGCGCAUGAGGAACCAGUCCCUCGGCCAAUCAGCACCCUCGCUCACCGCAGGCCUGAAGGAGCUGAGCCUUCCGAGAAGAGGCAGUUUCUGCCGAACCAGCAACAGGAAGAGUCUGAUUGUGACGUCCAGCACCUCCCCCACCCUGCCCCGCCCGCACUCACCACUGCACGGUCACCCAGUGAGCAGCCCGCUGGACAGCCCCCGGAACUUCUCCCCCAGCGCCGGGGCCCACUUCUCCUUCGUCCCCGCCCGCAGUCACGGGCACAGGGCAGACAGGACUGACGGCCGGCGCUGGUCUCUGGCCUCCCUGCCCUCUUCUGGAUAUGGCACCAACACGCCCAGCUCCACAGUCUCGUCAUCAUGUUCAUCCCAGGAGAAGCUGCACCAGCUGCCGUUCCAGCCCACGGCCGACGAGCUGCACUUCCUCACCAAGCACUUCAGCUCCGAGAGCAUCACGGACGAGGAGGGCCGCCGCUCGCCCGCCAUGCGCCCGCGCUCCCGCAGCCUCAGUCCCGGCCGCUCGCCCAUCUCCUUCGACCACGAGAUCGUCAUGAUGAACCAUGUCUACAAAGAGCGCUUCCCCAAGGCGACGGCUCAGAUGGAGGAGCGCCUGGCGGACUUCCUGGCCUCCUCCAUGCCGGAGAAGGUGAUGCCGCUGGCCGACGGGGUGCUGAGCUUCAUCCACCACCAGGUGAUCGAGCUGUCCCGCGACUGCCUGGACAAGUCCCGCGAGGGCCUCAUCACCUCCCGCUACUUCUACGAGCUGCAGGAGAACCUGGAGAAGCUGCUGCAGGACGCUCACGAGCGGUCGGAGAGCGCGGAGGUGGCCUUCGUCACCCAGCUGGUGAGGAAGCUGAUGAUCGUCAUCGCGCGGCCCGCGCGGCUGCUGGAGUGCCUGGAGUUCGACCCGGAGGAGUUCUACCACCUGCUGGAAGCCGCGGAGGGCCAUGCCAAAGAGGGCCAGGGCAUCAAGUCGGACAUCCCGCGCUACAUCAUCAGCCAGCUGGGGCUCACGCGGGAUCCCCUGGAGGAAAUGGCCCAGCUGAGCAGCUACGACAGCGGCAACCCAGACACCCCGGAAACAGACGACUCUGUGGAUAGUCGCGGUGCCACAGUGCAGCCCACCCAGCCCAAGCCCAAGACCCCGCGGGAGGAGGACUUUGAGAACAUCAAGCUGAUCAGCAACGGGGCCUACGGUGCCGUGUUCCUGGUGCGCCACAAGGAGACCCGGCAGCGCUUCGCCAUGAAGAAGAUCAACAAGCAGAACCUGAUCCUGCGCAACCAGAUCCAGCAGGCCUUCGUGGAGCGCGACAUCCUCACCUUCGCCGAGAACCCCUUCGUGGUCAGCAUGUUCUGCUCCUUCGAGACGCGCCGCCACCUCUGCAUGGUCAUGGAGUACGUGGAAGGUGGAGACUGUGCCACUCUUCUGAAGAACAUCAGGGCCCUGCCUCUGGAGUUGGCACGCAUGUACUUCGCUGAGACCGUCCUGGCUCUGGAGUACUUGCACAACUAUGGCAUCGUUCAUAGAGACCUCAAACCUGACAAUCUUCUGAUCACCUCGAUGGGACACAUCAAGCUGACAGAUUUCGGCUCAAGACGGGGAAGCCGAUCUACCAACCUGUACGAGGGCACAUCGAGAGGACAUCUGAGUUCCGGACAAGUGUGCGGCACGCCGGAGUACAUCGCCCCCGAGGUGAUCCUGCGGCAGGGCUACGGCAAGCCGGUGGACUGGUGGGCCAUGGGCGUCAUCCUGUACGAGUUCCUGGUGGGCUGCGCGCCCUUCUUCGGGGACACGCCCGAGGAGCUCUUCGGACAGGUCAUCAGCGACGAGAUCAUCUGGCCCGAGGAGGAGGAGGCGCUGCCCCCCGACGCCCAGGACCUCAUCUCCAAACUGCUGCGGCAGAACCCGCUGGAGCGUCUCGGAACCGGCAGCGCCUUCGAGGUGAAGCAGCACCGCUUCUUCACAGACCUGGACUGGAACAGCCUGCUGAGGCAGAAGGCCGAGUUCAUCCCCCAGCUGGAGUCCGAGGACGACACCAGCUACUUCGACACUCGCUCAGACCGGUAUCCUCAUGUGGACUCUGAGGAAGAGGAGGACACUAAUGAUGAAGAGCAUGUGGAGAUCCGCCAGUUCUCCUCCUGCUCCCCAAGAUUCAGCAAGGUGUACAGCAGCAUGGAGCGCCUGACUCUCCACGAGGAGAAGCGCACGCCCCCGCCGACCAAGCGCAGCCUGAGCGAGGAGGGCGGAGACCGCAUCGACAGCCUCAGCGGCCUCCGGUCACGUGACCGCAGCUGGAUGGUGGGCUCUCCCGAAAUCCUGCGGAAGCGUCUCUCGGUGUCAGAGUCGUCGCACACGGAGAGCGACUCCAGCCCCCCCCUGACGGUGCGGCGGCGCUGCUGCUCGGCCAUCAUCGAGAUGCCCCGCUUCGCCAUCUCCGCCGAGGAGGAGGGCGGCGGCGGCAGCCGGAAGAGCCCCGCCCUGCUGCCCCAGCCCGCCGCCCGCGGCCCCCGGGGCGAGGACCUGCCCCUGUCCAUCCCCGAGCUGCCCGUGGAGAGGGAGCUGAAGCUGGACGAGUCCCCCACCACGCCCGGCUCCACCAGCAGCCAGCUGAGCAGAGCCACGCUCACCCCGGGCAGCUCAGGGGACGUGUGGGAGCGCCCGUCCCCCCGCAGCGGCGACGGGGCGGACAGCUCCACCCCCAAGGCCAUCAGCGACCUGGCGGCCCGCCGCGCCCGCCACCGGCUGCUGUCGGGCGAGUCGGUGGAGAAGCAGGCCUCCCGCCCCCUCAACAAGGUCAUCAAGUCGGCCUCGGCCACCGCGCUGUCACUCAUGAUCCCCGCAGACCACCACGGCGCCUCCCCCCUGGCCAGCCCCAUGUCCCCCCACUCCCUCUCCUCCAACCCCUCCUCCCGGGACUCGUCCCCCAGCCGGGACCUGUCCCCCGCCAUCUGCAGCGCCAAGCCCGCCAUCGUCAUCCACCGCGCCGGCAAGAAGUACGGCUUCACCCUGCGGGCCAUCCGCGUCUACAUGGGCGACAGCGACGUCUACAGCGUGCACCACAUGGUCUGGCACGUGGAGCAGGGCGGGCCUGCACACGAGGCGGGACUGCGGGAGGGUGACCUCAUCACCCACGUGAACGGGGAGCCAGUGCACGGCCUGGUGCACACCGAGGUGGUGGAGCUCAUCAUCAAGAGUGGCAGCAAGGUCUCCAUCUCGGCCACACCCUUUGAGAACACCUCCAUCAAAGUGGGCCCCGCCAGGAAGUCCAGCUACAAGUCCAAAAUGGCGCGUCGCAACAAGAAGACCAAGACGAAGGAGGGCCAGGACUCCAGUAAGAAGAGGAACUCUCUGUUCCGGAAGAUCACUAAGCAGGCCUCCCUUCUGCACACCAGCCGCAGCCUCUCCUCCCUCAACCGCUCACUGUCCUCUGGAGAGAGUGUCCCUGGGUCCCCCACACACAACCUCUCCCCUCGCUCCCCCACACAGGGCUACCGCUCCACCCCCGACUCCGCACACUCCGUGGGCGGGAACUCGUCGCAGAGCAGCUCCCCCAGCUCCAGCGUGCCCAACUCUCCGGCCAGCUCCGGUCACAUCCGGCCCAGCUCGCUGCACGGCCUGGCGCCCAAACUGCAGCGGCAGUACCGCUCGCCCCGCCGCAAGUCCGCCGGCAACAUCCCGCUGUCGCCGCUGGCGCGCACGCCCUCGCCCACGCCGCAGAGCACCUCGCCGCAGCGCUCGCCCUCGCCGCUGCCCGGCCACGCCCUGCCCGGCCACGCCUUCCCCGUCAAGCUGCACUCAUCGCCGCCGCUGGCGCGGCAGAUCUCGCGGCCCAAGAGCGCCGAGCCGCCGCGCUCGCCGCUGCUCAAGCGCGUGCAGUCGGCCGAGAAGCUGGCGUCCUCGCUCUCCUCCUCCUCCUCCUCGCCCUCGCCCUCGUCCGCCGCCGACAAGAAGCUGCCCUCGGCCGCGGCGGCGCGCAAGCACAGCCUGGACGUGUCGCACGCCGAGUUCAAGAAGGAGAUGAUGCAGCGGGACCCCGGCCUGCAGAGCCUGCAGGAGUCGGCCAGCGAGGGGCCCCUGGGGGCCCUGGACAAGGCCGGCCUGCACAAGCACUCGUCCCGCAAGCUGGGCCGGCAGGAGGGGCCCGAGGGCGGCCCCGGGGCCCUGGGCCUGGCCUCGGGGAAGAGCAAGCUGAAGGACAAGCUGUCGGCCAUCCGGCAGGACCGGGCGGAGCGGCGCGAGUCGCUGCAGAAGCAGGACGCCAUCCACGAGGUGGACUCGUCCGAGGACGAGACGGACGAGGGCUCCGAGGACAGCCAGGACGGGCGGCGGCUGGGCGGGCGCGCCGAGGGCCGGCUCAAGGCCAAGGAGGAGGAGCCCUUCGUCCCCCCGCCCUCCGUGCUCCGGCCCGCGCCCACCGUGCGCCCGGGCCCCGCCCUGUCGCUGUCGCCCGCGCUGAGCAGGCAGCCGCCGGGGGGGAGGGGCGCCGAGCUGAAGCCCGCUCACACCGCCGCGCCCAGCCCGCUGGGGGGCGGAGCCGAGGAGGCGGGGUUAAAGAGCGGGGCGUCGCCCGGCGCCAGAACCACUCCCUUCCCGCCGGGGCUGCAGAGCAAGCUGCCCAGCGCCUUCUCCACCCCCGGCAGCGCCUUCACCUCCGUCAGCAAGGACUGCUUCCUGAAGCCUGCCGCCCCCUCUGCCGCAAGCCAUGCCCCCUCGCCACUGAGCUCCACCCCCUCUCCCUCGAGCACCGCCCCCUCGGCCCUGAGCACCUCCCCCUUGGCCCUGAGCCACGCCCCCUCAGCCCCCAGCUCCGCCCCCUCUGGCGACUGGAAGACCCCCAAGCUCCCGGAGCUCAGGGGGAAGUCCGGUGCCAUGGCGACGGGCGAGGACAAGGCCCCCAAACCCGGCCCUGCAGCCCCGCCCACGGACACGCCCACCGCGUCAGGGACCAGCAAGGAGAAGAAGGAGGCUGACAACAGGAGGCAGGCGCUGAGCGUGGCGGCCUCUCCCGCCGUGGACAAGGUGGUGUCCCAGCUGGCCACGGUGGCCAAGAGCGUGCUGGGCCCGGUCAAACUCAGCAUCCCCGGGGCCAAGGAGACCUUCGACAGGCUGGAAAAGAGCAGGGAGCAGGACAAGCUGGUCGCCCCGGCGACAGGCCCCACCCCUCCCCUGGCCACGCCCCCCAGGCAGCCCAGCCCUCAGUCGCCGCGUCUGAUGGAGUCUCCCCCCAGACACUCCUCCCCCUCCAAAGCCGAGCCGCCGGCCCCCCCGCCCCGGGCCCCGGACCCCGCCGCGGACAGGAAGAGGCCGACGCCCGCCAGAGACUGCGCCCCGGCGGCCCUGGACCCCGCGGAGAGGGCGGGGCCUCCGCGCGGCUGCCCGAGGCAGGGGGCGGGGCCCGCCGUGGCGGCCGAGCCGAAGAGGCCGGAGCCUCAGGCCCCGCCCAAAACCGCAGCCGCGCCCCAGGACAGUGUCUGCAAGAAAACGUAGCACCGCCCCCCCCUCCCCCUGCCCCACACAGACUGCUGACUCCAGAUUUUAAUUAAGGAAUGCAUGUUGGAGUAACAGAACAACAUAGACUUCGCAGUUCACUCAUCUGAGGUAUUAGCUGUUACAAAAAAAAAAAAAAAAAAACCAAGAGAAACCCAACUGUUGCAUUCUGGAUCGUCCUUGUUUUAUGUUUCAUAUCCUAAUUAUUAUAUCUGGACUCUGUUACUGUUUUUUGGGUCAUCGGUUGCUGUUCUUGUGACGUCAGAGUUUCUCUCUGCAAAGAGACGGGGGCUAGAAAUAAAGUGCUUGGCUUCGCCGGUCCGGUCCGCGACCCCGCUAACGACCUUCGCAAACUCUCUGUCACGGCUCUCCACUCCGAGGGCAAUGUCCCAGACCGCUCGUGUGUCUAGCUAAUAGAACUGGUCGUGCCUUAACGAAGACGAUAUUUCACACUCAUCUGCAUGAGAGCAACUUCUGCGGGG